GAGCCGGGGACGGUCAGGGCGCACGCGGGGCGCAGGGCGCGGGGCGGGGGGUGUGGAGCGCGCAGGGCGCACGGCCAGUGGAGCACCGGGCCCGGUCCAGCUGCACUCCACGCGCCGCCGCCGCCGCCACCGCCGCUGCUUUUCGUGCUGUCACGCGGGAAGGGGAAGUGAAUUUUUUCAAAAACAAGCGCACACGAAGAGGAGAGGAGUUCAAGAGAGGAGAAGAGAGAAUGACUGGCGGCUUUCAGGACCAGCAGUAGGGAGAAGGAGAUGGCUGUGCACGUCUUCAAAUGCCUGCGCCGGCCCGGGCGCUAGAAGAGCCUCCAACAGAGUGGGAAGUGUGUUUUGACAGGAGAGUUAUGGAAUAUGAGGAGCCCGACGUGUCCCCCGCUGAGACCCCCAUCAAAAGAGGAGGCACCGUGUCCAAGAAGACUCAUUUAACCCAGAUUGAAGUUAUUCCCUGCAAGAUCUGUGGGGAUAAGUCCUCUGGAGUGCAUUAUGGAGUCAUUACCUGUGAAGGCUGCAAGGGAUUUUUCCGGCGUAGCCAGCUGCCCACCGUAUCCUACUCCUGCUCGAGGCAAAGCAACUGUCAGAUCGACCGAGCCAGCCGCAACCGCUGCCAGCACUGCCGCUUGCAGAAGUGUUUGGCGCAGGGCAUGAGCCGAGAUGCGGUGAAGUUUGGUCGAAUGUCCAAACGCCAGCGGGACUCCCUGAUCGCCGAGGUGGAGAGGCACCGGCAGCAGCAGCAGCAGCAGCAGCUCCAGGGAGACAGCCAGGCCGUGCUGUCCUACCCCGCCAAGAACCGUCAGGACCGCUCCCCGCAGCUCCUGCAGCCCAUUUCCUCCACCUACGCCUACGCUGGCGACGCCGAGCUGUUAAACUACGCCGCGGACGUCCACCCGUACCUGCUGUGCUCCCCCAACGACUCGCAGGUGUCCGGGAUGAUCUACCGAAGCGCCGGCGUCUCUCCCGCCCAGGGAAGGGGGGAUAACGGCGGACACCCUGACAUAAGAGGUUUUGACUCCAGACAGUCGCCUCAUGAUCUGAUGGCGAUUCAUUCCUACAACUCCUUCGAGGAUCCUUACAGCCUCUACCCUCACUCACUGCGAAACAUAGAUGAACUUUGUGCCAGCAUCGUGCACUGCCACAGAGAGACCAGCCAGUACAGGGCGGAGGAGCUGCAGGCCCUCAAGCUGAAGCUGUUCAGCAGAGAGGAGAUCCAGGCCUACCAGAGCAAAUCGGUGGAUGAGAUGUGGCAGCACUGUGCCGUCCGGCUGACCGACGCUGUGCAGUACGUGGUGGAGUUUGCAAAACGCAUCCCGGGUUUCCGGAUGCUCAACCAGAACGACCAGAUCGCACUCUUGAAAACCGGGUCCAUGGAGGUGGUUCUGCUCAGGAUGAGUCGCUCCUUCAACACAGAGAACAGCACUGUGUUCUUCGACGGGAAGUUUGCCGGAGUGGAAAUCUUCAAGUCUCUGGCGUGCGGCGAUCUGAUCAUGGCGGUGUUUGACUUCGCUCAUGAUAUGUGUGCUCUGAAGCUCAGUGAGCAGCAGAUCGCCCUCUUCAGCGCUCUGGUGCUGAUCAAUGCAGAUCGUCCGUGUCUGGAGGAGAGAGGCAAAGUGCAACGGGUGCAGAGAAGUGUGGAGUUAGGACUCACGCACAUUUUACACAGAGACCACCAAGAAAAUCUGAUGCCCAAGCUGUACCAGAGGAUGGCGGUGUUGCGCUCCCUGUGUCGGCUGCACUUGGAGAAGCUGGGCUGGUUCAGCCAGCGGUACCCGCUCACCGCUCACUCUCUGUUCCCUCCUCUCUACAAGGAGCUGUUUGCGUCUGAGGCCGAGCUGCUGCCAGGAGCCGCUCACUGAGCAUUCACUGGAAUAUGCAAAGACAGUCGCACACACUCACACAUAGACGUGUUAUUUUUAAAUACCAGCACUUCCCGAAAACAGUAUAUUUUUCUAAUAUUGAUAAUCGACAAGGAAAGAACAGAUCUUGUAGAAAGGUGCACGACCUUCAGCAGAGAUGUUUGUAGUAAUCUAUAUCAAAGAUUCAAUAUUUUUGAGCUUGAAAUGAUGAUUUGUGGUUGUUCCAGGGAAACAUUUUGCUGUUCUGUUUGUCGUCAGUCCAGUACGUGAUUCAUUCUGUCUCAGGUUGUAAUGUUGUGCUUCUGUCCAGUCAUAGUUUCUGUGUGUCACAGUGUGGUCAGGCAUACAGACUCACAGAGGCAAGGCCCGGUCACCAAAUGAAAAGCUGCUCCUUCGAGUGGAAAUACAAUUUCAGGUUGGGUUGAGAUGUACCUUUUGCUUAAAAAGUAAUUAAAACAUAGACACACACACACACACACACCAAAAAAAGUUAUCAAAAUGAACAAAAGCAGUACUUUUCAUUGAAUGGAGUGUUCCUCCUCUAGAGGGCGCCAGAGAGUUUCAAGAAAAAUCAGGAUGUUAGGAUAUCUUUUCUCCUGCCUGAUGUUUAAAGGACAUUAACAUUAGUAUUGUAUUAAGGAUUGUCCUGGCAGGCCAAUGAAUAAAUAAACACAUAAAACAAUUUGCUCACAAACAUCACAAAAAAAGAUCAUCUUUGUCACACUCUGAUUGGUGAUUGUCCUGUUUUUCCUUUGAGGUAUUUUUCCCCCAAAAGGUUUUUUGGGCUGCAGCUUUACUGUAACAUAUGUCGGGUCGAUGUGGUGCUGAAUGGGCCAGUUUCAAACUGAGCACAUCUAAACAAAUGUGAAACAGCAUGCCUCUCUGUGUCUGUAUGUCUCUAGAGAAGACUUCCUCCUCAGGUUGAUGUCACUGAUUGAUCAAUAAACCUUGCAGGGCAGUGAUACCUCUGUAAUAUUUUAUGUUCCUCUAGGUAAACCCUUGCAGGAUUUUUUUAUAUUAUAUAUUUUGAGCUUUGGAAAGAUUUUGCAUUAAAUGUAGACAUGAUAUUCAGGUAAAAUGUCAGCUAUGGUAAUAAUAUCUUCAUCUGUGUGCUAACUCUUCUUUCCCUGAUCAACUUUCACGUGUUGUUUUCUUUGUAUCUUUAAUAAAGCCGUGAAUAAAGAAGGUGAAGAAGAAAUGUUGAGGGGUUUCAGCAUUAAAUACUGGACUUCCAGGUGUAGUUUUCUCUGUUCCCAGAACUUAAUGGAGGUGAUUUUAUGUAAGCCUUUAAAUAAACUGCUGAAGCUGUGACACCA